AUGCUAGAGGCAUGCUCAAAUGGAUGGGCGAUAGACACUGCAGCGCCUGUUGACCUCAACAACCCUGAUAAAGACUACCACCCUGUCUUCAAGGCGUUCCUCGCUGGUUCCUUUUCCGGCACUUUCAGUACAAUUCUCUUCCAGCCAUUGGACUUGGUGAAAACUAGGCUCCAAAAUCCUGGCCAGCAUGUUGUUGCAGCGACUAUCAACAGCCGAAUCCAACCCGGCAUGAUUUCAAUCUUCGUGAACAUCGUUCGUCAGGAGCAUAUAAUUGGGCUAUGGCGUGGUAUGGUGCCUUCUAUAGCUAGAUGUGUGCCAGGCGUCGGUUUAUACUUCUCAUCACUCCAUUGGCUUAAGUCCAAGAUGGGAAAGACUAGACAGGAUCUAGGUGCUAUGGAGGCGGUUGCGUUGGGUGUAAUCGCAAGAACCAUGAGUGGGGUGGCCCUAAUACCGAUUACUGUUAUUAAAACUAGAUACGAAUCCGAAGUGUACAAGUAUAACAGUCUAAGCGGUGCCUUUAAAUCGAUAUACAAAGCGGAAGGUCUAAGGGGAUUGUCCUGCGGCUUAGGACCCACUUUGGCGAGAGAUGCGCCAUUCUCAGGCUUAUACCUCAUGUUCUAUACACAAACGAAACAGGCUAUUCCUAAAGAAUAUCUUCAAUCCCAAGCGACGGCGAGUAUACUGCACUUCUCGUGCGGUGUCGUCGCGGGUAUAGCUGCCUCGCUAGUGACGAACCCGGCAGACGUGUUGAAGACGAACAUGCAACUCUAUCCGGAUAAGUUCCCUAAUGCUUUCAGUGCUGCGAUGUAUGUGCAACAGACUUACGGAUUUCGAGGUUACUUCAAAGGCGCAGUACCAAGAAUGAUUCGGCGCACUCUUAUGGCGGCGAUGGCUUGGACGGUGUUCGAAGAAAUAACUCGAUCUAUUGGCUUGAAA